AAAGAAUUAUAACGUAUAUUAAAAUACUUAUGAAAAAGUUCUGUAAAAACUUGCGCAACAAAAAAGUUUGGCACUAAAAAGCAAUAGCAGUCAAGUGUAGCCGAAUAGGCGGGCAGGAGAGCAGCAAAAACAGCAACACCAACACCAACAACAACAGCAACAACAACAACAGCAGCAGCAGAAGCAACAGCAACAAGGCGGUAACAGCAGCAACAACAACAUGGGAAAAAAGAGCUCGAAAUUGAAACAGGAUACCAUCGAUCGUUUAACAACUGACACAUAUUUUACAGAAAAAGAAAUACGUCAAUGGCACAAAGGAUUUCUUAAAGACUGUCCGAAUGGUUUACUUACAGAGCAAGGCUUUAUCAAAAUCUACAAACAAUUCUUUCCACAAGGCGAUCCAAGCAAAUUUGCAUCGCUUGUCUUUCGUGUCUUCGAUGAGAACAAUGAUGGCUCAAUUGAAUUUGAGGAAUUCAUACGCGCCUUGUCGGUCACAUCGAAGGGGAACUUGGACGAGAAACUGCAAUGGGCCUUUCGUUUGUAUGAUGUGGACAAUGACGGUUACAUAACGCGCGAGGAAAUGUAUAACAUUGUCGAUGCAAUCUAUCAAAUGGUGGGUCAACAGCCGCAGUCGGAGGACGAGAACACGCCUCAGAAACGAGUCGACAAAAUAUUUGAUCAAAUGGAUAAAAAUCAUGAUGGCAAAUUAACAUUAGAAGAAUUUCGUGAGGGUAGUAAAGCUGAUCCACGUAUAGUUCAGGCGUUAAGUUUAGGUGGUGGUUAAACGAAAAGCAAAGCAAAGCAAACCAAACCAAACAAAAAACAACAACAAAAACAAAAACCAAAAGCUAAUAUUAAAAGUAUGUGCAAGAAUAACAAGAAAGGAAAAGAAAAGAACAAAGCAAAACAAAACAAAACAGCCUGUGCUAUAACCAAGCGUUUAGCAUAAAAAACACAAGCAAGCAAUUAUAACUUUAAAUGAGAUAAUACAGCAACAUUAGCGACAGCUACUACAACAACACAGCACUCUGCUGGCGACGACAACAACAACAAUAAAACAAUUAGCAAUACUAGCAUCAACAAUGACAGCAGCAACAACAAAGAGUCGAUGCUUGCUGCUGGUUCGUUACUUCUUUUAUUCAACCUGCACUCAUGAAAUAAGUGGAAAAUUUUGUAACUAAAACUCUUUAGAAAUCCUUAAAGCAAUCAGAAGCCUUCUUGCUUGAUUUUUCGAAAAUUGAUAUUGCCAUAAUGUUUGUUUCAUAUACUUAUAUUUCUUAUUUUCAAAUUUUCCCUUUAACUCGAUGCCAGGUCGCGUCAAUGAAAACCAAAAGGAAAAAAAUCGAUUAACGUUAAAAAUGAUAAUAAAUUUUUUAUAUAUACAGUACGAAACCAAGAAGAGA